GCGACUAAAAUAAGUUCCAAAUUCUCCGCUCGCUGAUUUUCAUUCUUUGGAAGUGAAGAUUGGACCGUGAAAUUAGCGCCUGGCUAAUAGUAGGAGCGCCUCACGGGUCGUACGAUCAGACUUCCACAUUCGUUCACUAUGAGAAGCCCUUCGGUAUGGAUGCUGGGUGCGAUGUCGACGCGUGUACUCGGUAAUGCUGUGCAUAAAAUCUAUGAGAUGAAUGCAACUACAUCUGCUGUAAUCCUACCUCCGUAUCCAUCUGGCUCAAGAGCACCUGUUCUGCUAUCAUCAACAGAGCCAUGCGAAACACCAACCAACCCUUCGAUUUGGUCCACAGCAAGCAUUGUUCCAUACCCGACUGUAUCCCCAGCAACUAGCUCUUUUCCCACCCCGACAGCAGUAUCGGUAUCUCCCAGUUCACAUGUCCUGGAUGUACAUCCUCUUACUGUUACGACCACCCCAAGCGGCACCAACACUCCGUCGUCAGCUUCUGGAUCAGCCAGCUCCUCCCAAGUAACAUUCACAGCCAUUGUUGUGCCAGCUUCGACAGCCACCUAUACUAUAGACCUCCCGGUCCUUUCCUCCAUAUUAAUCCCCGGUCUCACCCCAUCGGCCAUUCUGACACAAACUGCGACAACGAGUACUAAGGUCAGCCAGACUUUGUCCACUUCUCUUCCGACGCUUUCUUCUGGCUCCACUUCAAGUGCGCCGGCUACUACAACCACCUCAGUCGCGGUUGCAUCCUCAAUCUCAGCUACAUCCUCGGGCUCAGCCAUAACCUCAGGCUCAAAUUUAUCGUCUGGCUCAGCUAUAUCGUCCGGCUCGAUUAUAUCAUCGGGCUCGGUCACAUCCCCAGGCUCAGUAACAUCCUCAGUACCUUCUGGGACCUCUACCACUGAAUUUCCUACCUCACCACCUUUUUCGUACAACCCCUCCGCUUCUAGGGGUUCUGCUACUCCUAUAUCGAGGCCUACACCAGAGCCCUCCAGUGCUAUCGUUGCGGGAUCUACAUUAAGUACAUCCUCGACACCCAGCCCAACCGCAGAAACAGAGAUCCCACCUGCACCACCUGCACCAAGUGCUGCUGGAGCUCCUGGCGGGUUGAGCGGGAGAGGCAAAGAGAGGGUAUGGUGGGUUGCUUUCUUUGUUCCUUUCUUACUUGCAGUUUAAACUGGCGCAUUUCACAUCGGCAUUAUGUGCUACGAGAGGUUACUUUGCGUUUCCUAGAUUUGAUAUUCUCACGAUGUCCCCGAAAUCCUUUUACGGGCAGAGUUAUGAAGAGAUGGUUAUACCAGGUGCUAGCACCAUGCAGGCGUUUAUGGGAGUGUUGUUUUCCAGGUUCGGUUGACGGACGAGGUGGACGAAGUGUGCAUGAAAUACUCAACGAUAAGUUCAGAGCUUCUGGGGUUUACCAGAUAACAGAUAAUAUAUGAAUAAAGAUAGUAUAUACGAUAAUAGGAGUUUUCGAU